AUGGCAGCGAAAUUCCUUCAAUGCUCCGCGACGGAACUCCAACAGCCCCUCGAAAGCGGGGAACUGACGAGUGAGCAGCUGGUCACCGCCUAUUUAGAACAGAUCGAAAGGCACAAUGUGCACGGCAUGGGCCUCAAUGCCAUCAACUCAGUGGCUCCACGGGAGCUGGAUGCCAUCGUCACAGACCCGGCGCUGGGAAUGCUGACUACCGUCGGCUCGCACGUAUUUGCAAACAUGCGGGCAAAGGGGAAUGCUCCUCUUGUCGAUCAGUUGAUCGAUAAUGGUCUCAUUAUCCUGGGAAAAGCCAAUUUGACGGAAUUCUGCGGGCAUAACCCAUACCCCUGGAGAUCCUACGAGCCCCCUGGAUGGAGUGCGUACGGCGGCCAGACCAACUCUGCGCAUCGGAGACCGGGUCUCACAGAAGAAGAUCAGCCCACAGCAGCAGGCUCGUCCUCUGGCCCCGCAGCGAGCAUCGCAGCCGGCUUCUGCCCCCUAUCGAUCGGAACCCAGACAGGCGGCUCUCUUGUAUAUCCGGCCAGUACCUCGGGUCUCUACGGCAUGACGCUGGGCCCAGAUGCCGUCUGCACGGACGGCGUCUUCAAGAUCAGUCCGCCCUUCGACUUAAUUGGGGUCAUGGCCAGAACACCUCAAGAUGUCGGGCUGCUUGCCAAGUCGAUAUUGACACCGGAGGUGCGACUCAAGACACCGUACGAUGGGCUUGGAUUAGACUUUACGGGGUCGUGGUCUGAUCUGGCUAUUGGGAUUGCCCCAUUGGGAGCUGCGGGCAGUGAUGAGUUUUGCUGGCAGUGUAGCUGUUCGGGGACCUUCGCUCACGGUGAACAGAAAGAGAAAUACGACCGUGUGGCCAGCAUCUUGAGUGAAAGAGGAGCGAAAGUGGUGUUCCCUCUGGAACUGCCAGACGCAAUGGAAACACUCCAAUCUGAGAGGGAAAUGAUGCAUUCAAUUGCGUACCACAAAUUCCCGGACGAGAUUGCCCUGUUUAUCGAAAACUUCAACGAAACUUCAGGAAUCAAGACCCUCGACGACAUAAUUCAGUGGAAUGCAGCCCACGCCGAGAAGGCCCUUCCCGAUCCCCACACCGAGCAAAGAGCCCUCAUCGAAUCCCGUGAUAAUAAGAUGACCAAAGAGACGCACACGCGGCCCGCGAGCUCUGCCAUCAUGGCUGAGAACGGCCUAGACAUUGUGCUGACGAACUCGGAAUCGCAACUCGUUGCGUACGCUGCUUGUGCCAUUUGGCCGAUGGCCACUGUGCCUUUGGGUAAUCUGGAGCAUAAUGGACAGCCUUUUGGGUUCUUUGCGGUUGCAGGUGCCGGGAAGGAGGAUAUUCUGUUGAAGUUCAUGAAGCUGUUUGAGGCGACGUUUCCUGCUGUUGAGAGACCGAAGGUGCCUUUCGAGAGGUAGUGUUGGAAUAACAGGUUUUUAUGUCCACGUCUUUUGUUCUUGGGGUAUUGGAUGCGUAGGAAAGGGGUGUAUUUCAAUAGGCAGCAGGGUUUUUGCCAAUAU